UGUUGAUGCUGAUGUAUGGGGAUCUUUUCCACACGUUUUAUAUCAAUUGAUAUUGAUCCUAGAGGAGGAAUAUACAGCCACUCAGGUUAAAAUUUCAAUUACUCUGCGUUAAAAGAACACCCGCAGGCCUGCAUUAAUAUACCACUAGGAAGGGUAACUCCAAUACAUCUCGUGCCAAGAUGGUCGAUUGGACCCGCCGAUUUAAUCACUAGUGGCGAUGCGCGAAUGCAGUCAUCAAUAUAGAUCACAAAACAGCGAACCUAAGCCCAUGUCUAUAUGAUGUUAGAUCACCCCUUUUCUAUGCAGUUCAUGGGAAGUAGAAUAAUCAUGGCAGACUUUACCACCAGCCGCCUCGAUAUAGAGCCUAGUCCCCAUAUAGACGCUUCAGAUGUCCAAGCUUCUAACACCGAGAGCGACAGAUGUGAUGAUCCCUCAUUGCUAAACAACACACGACGCCUCCCAUUUCUCCAGUACCUCGACUGUAGCCACGAUACAUAUUACAGUUUCACAAACAACGAGACCGUUUACAACGAUUGUUCAGGUAGCGAUAAGGCUACUUGCGGCAGUGAGACGAACCCAGAAGAUGACGACCAGCACGCCAGUGUUGAUGCCACCGAAAGCGGACCAAACGACCAGGAUAUCAGCCACACAGGGUCUAAUUUCCCAGAUGAUCUGCCACCGACUGCCGAAUGCACUCGAGAGACUACUAUAGCAAGUCGCAAUGAUCUUGAAGAUCUUAAAGACUACAUGAGCCUGGGGCCUGUGUGCGAGAAGAGGAAUGCUUGAUUGCUCGUUUUCUGUGUUUGUGUUUGCCUUUUGUCUUCACCUCUAUUCCUUCUGUACCACUAGAUAUGGAUGGACAUUGUAAUAUACGGUAAUAGACGUCCAAUCUCACUACAAUUCCCAAUAUCUCUAAGCCAUCGAAGUAGCAAUUCCGUUUCCUACUAUUGGAGAGACUGUAGAUGCUGAUACUUGAUUUGCCAGAAUCUUGGCCAAUCAAACGAAAGCGGUAAAUCCUUCUUGUGAAGCGUGCCUGCCGAGGGGCUAACCCAAAAUGGCCACGUCGCCAAGAGUUUCGCUUA